CUUUAACCUCUGAACGGAGAGCUCCUCCGGCAAUUGCCUCAGAGGAGUCUUUACUUGCGCCAAACAGUCCCAAAAGUCUCCCAGCAGGACGUCUUAAAGUUUAAGUACAAGACUGAGGAUCACUUUCUCCAACGAGAUGUCUUACAUACAUUACAAUGGGACUGCCGGCUUUUCCUCGUUUUGCACCGCUCACCGUAUGCUCCCUUCACCAACAUGGUUGUACGGACAGAGGUAUCUCUACCACGGGUUUCAAGACUCGGGGCACGGCGCCAACUUGGAGAAUGAGAAACGUUUUCAGGUUGGGCUGUGUCCUACCGGCAUCGAGAGGUCAGCCAGUGAAGACAGUGGCUGUUCUAGGGACUCCAAGAAGGGAGACACUGCAAACUGCAGUGGAGACCCCGAUGCCGAUCCAAAUGGUACGGAUGUGUGGUGGAAGCUUCAGAGCUCCAGGAAGAAACGCUGUCCGUACUCCAAAGUCCAGCUCCUGGAGUUAGAGAAGGAAUUUCUCUAUAACAUGUACAUCACCAGGGAACAGAGGGGAGAGAUAGCGCGCAAGGUAAACCUGACAGACAGGCAGGUGAAGAUCUGGUUCCAGAACAGAAGGAUGAAGAUGAAGAGAAUGAAACAGAGGCAUGAGGAGGAGGCAUUCAGAGCUCACUCCGGCACUGGACUUGAAACCGACUUGAACUAGCACCAAAAAAAUUCCUGCACUUCCAACCCAAAUCUUUCUAUAUGAGUUCGUUACCCCUUGGCCGGAACCAAAUGUGACUAAUCUAUACACACCUGUAUACUGAGAUUGCCUACUAUAUUCCCUUGUACAGAUCAUCUAUGGUAAGGAUAAAAUGUAGGUGUAAUAAGUCGGAUAUGUUUACUAUAAACAUGCGAAAAGCUGCUUGAAACACUUACUUAGUUACUAACUCUAACACAGCAAAACUACACGAGCCACAUGUGUAACGAUUUCUAUAUCAUCUGUUUCUCCCAAAAUAAUGAAGUUAAGUUUAACUUUUACACAGUUCACUUUUUGACAAUCAUUGGGUCAUUGUUUACACGGCGAAAAUAUAUUGAAAGCUAUACAGAAAACGAUACAUGUAUUAUUUGCUUGUGUAUAUAACUAUAUAUUCGUCUUUAUAUAUACUUUGUAUACUUGGAAGAGGUAGAUAGGGUGCUGAUAUGUAGAUACUAUUAGACGAUAUUUCAGCUAGAAAGAUUUUGGACAUUAUUUGACCUUUUUCUAUGUUACAGAAAUUUGUCAAACGUGCACACGUGUCAAUCCAGCUGAAUGUACUUUUCUGUUUUUAUUUUAUUUCAUACUAAUAAACUAAUGAUGUUA